AUGAACGGAAAGGAAAUCUCCAAGCAGACCGAUGCUCUCGACCAGCCCCUGCAGUACAUCAUGUCUGCUGACGAGUGCUACACCGGCUCCGGCUCCUGCGGUACCGUCAACUCCUGGGACGUUUCCAACUUCACCGUCACCCUGAACAAGGCUGAUGCCAAGUUCGGCAGCACCAUGACCCAGGGCAGCCUGAAGACCGCCGACAAGGGUCUCACCUGGACCACUGACUCGAUUGAGAAUGGACUCAUCGACUUCAGCGACUCCUCUGACACCAUGUAA